CUCUCAUCAGAUUUCACAAGGAGACAAAAGUUGUUAUCAUAUCAGGCAUCUGAUUCUCGAUGGGGAGAUGGCUAAAUUGGUGGAAUUGCUUUCGCAUCCUCGAAAGGCCUACGACCGCUGGUGGAAUCAACACUCCGAGAAAGCCAAGUGGUGGAGAAUUGGCUUAGAUCAGACUAGUGUAGAAGUUUGGUGCAUAGCACGUGCAGCCUCCAACAACUGAUGCUGCUUCUUGAGGAGAAGUCUUUGUAGCUGAAAAUAUCCAUCAACUCUGAGAAUCCUCUGCUCUUUGUGCUUGGAGAAAGAAGGAUCAGCCCUGCACUGCGAUGUCGUCGUGGAUACUAGCAGGCUUGGGAUCGCUAGGACAGGCCUUAAUCGGGAGCUUGAUAGACAAGAUCAGCGACGAUGUGAUCUCAAGGUUGUCGGAGGUGUUCGGAGUCGGAGCUAAUCCCGGAGACGGAACUGACCUCCUCAAGCUGAAGACUACUCUUUCCGGGACUAAGCACAUCAUCGGCAGAGUCGAGAACAUGUGGAUUAAAGAUGAAGACACGAAAAAGCAAUUGAAGGAAUUGGUGAUGGAACUGAAGGACACUGUUUAUGACGCUGACGACAUUCUUGACGAGAUCCAGUUCCAGGCUAUGAAGCAACAGAUCGAGCAACAAGGAGCUCAGGGGGAUGAGGCAAGUAACCAAUCAACUUCUUCUUCUGGUCUCCUUCCGAGGAAAAAAAGAAAAAUUUCGGUACCUCAAGGUAUCAGUCGCUUCUUCGGUAGAGGAGAUGAUGUUAGAGUGAGGGAAAUUCAGAUGAAGUUAGAUAAAAUCACUACUUGCAUCGAGGAUCUCAUUACUACAUUAGAUGCUGAUGAGAAACAGAUGAUAACGUCAGUAGUGCCCCGAACCACCACUUCCUUUCCGAUAGAAACUCAAGUAUUCGGACGAGACGAACAGCUGAAUCACCUUCUGGAACAGUUGAUGAAAUCUGCCGAUGGAUCCGGAUCCAGCAACAGUAGCAUCUCUACCUUAACUAUUGUUGGGAUCGGAGGGGUCGGAAAGACUACUCUGGCUCAGCAAGCCUACCACCACGAGAGGGUGAACAACUAUUUUCAACCUAAGGUCUGGCUCUGUGUAUCGGAUAACUUCAACGUGGAGAGGCUUACCAAAGACAUCAUAGAAUCCAUAACCGAGGAAAAGUGUGAUCUCAGCAACCUUGAUACACUUCAAGUGGUUGUUAAGAAGAAGCUGACCUCAAAAAGAUUCCUGCUUGUCCUCGACGAUGUGUGGAACGAGGACGGCCUGAAAUGGGAAAGAUUUUGUGCAUCAUUGAGGUACGGAGAACCAGGAAGCAAGAUUUUGGUUACAACUCGCUCUAAAAAGAUUGCAGAAAUGGUUGGCAAUCCGUUCCCUCUAGGAGGUCUGGAUGAAGCCAGCUAUUGGGAAUUUUUCAAAAAAUGUGCAUUUGGUUCCCAAGACGCCGGUGAAUUUCCACAGCUAGAAGCCAUAGCAAAGAAGAUCGCUGGCAGGUUGAAGGGGUUGCCACUUGCGGCAAGGACGGUAGGCGGGUUGUUGAAGGCGCAGAUGAAUGAGAAGCACUGGAGAAACAUCGCAGGGAGUGAAAUCUGGCAACUACAGCAAGACGAAGAGGGUGUCCUGCCAGUCCUACAAUUGAGCUAUCAAUGUCUUCCCUCACACCUUAAGCGGUGUUUUAUUUUUUGUUCCCUCUUCCUCAAGGAUCAUCGAUUUUAUAAAGGAGAUGACUUGGUCCAGCUUUGGAUGGCAGAAGGCUAUAUUGCUCAAGACAAUAUAAAAGACAAUAUGACGCUGGAGGAUGUAGGAAGCCACUACUUCAGUGAGUUAGUGAAUAGAUCUUUCUUUCAGAAAGCUCCUCUGGGAUUGGGAUGGAAAUAUGUGAUGCAUGACCUGAUACACGAUCUUGCUCAGUUUAUUUCAGAGGGGGAGUUUUGCAGGAUCGAUGAUGAUGAGUGGAAAGAGAUCCCUAAUACGACUCGUCAUCUGUCAGUAAUAUUAACCGAUAAAACCAAGUUAAUGGAGUUGUCCUGUUAUGAGAAAUUGUGGACUCUCAUGAUCAAUUAUGAAAGUUAUUGGUAUAACAUUGAAGUCGAGGGCUCUUUGUUCCUCCGGUUUGAAAGAUUAAAAAAUAUUCGAGUGUUGAUAUUGCAGAGUUGUGGCUUGCGGGAGUUGCCUGAGACAAUUGGCGGCUCGAUACAUCUCCGCUACCUUGACAUAUCCUGCAACCAGUACAUUAGGAGGCUGCCGGAAUCAUUAUGUAGUCUUUACAAUUUGCAAGUACUGGAUCUGUUUGAAUGUGAACUACAGAGUUUCCCGCACGGCAUGAGUAAGUUGAUCAACUUGAUGCAUCUUAAUGCGGAAGACAAAAUAAUUUCCAAGAUAAAUGAUAUUGGGAAGCUGACUUCUCUUCAAGGAUUGUCUUCGUUCAAAGUGCUCAAGGAUCAGGGACACGAGGUUGCACAAUUAGGCGAUCUGAAGCAACUUCAUGGACAACUUCGAAUUACCAACCUUGAGAACGUUGAGAGUAAACAAGAAGCAAGCAAAGCUAAUCUGAACAACAAAGAGUACCUUCAUAAACUAGCCUUAGAAUGGACAUCGGAUGAUGGCUCCAGUUUAGACGGCAAUACAUUAGUUGUGUUGGAGGAGGUACUUGAAGGUCUCCAACCACAUCAGGCUCUCGAAAGUUUGACGAUCAGAGGCUACAAUGGUAUCAGAUCACCCAGUUGGCUGCAUGCACAAUUGUUAUCGAACCUGAUAACUCUUGAACUAGAAAACUGCACAGCAUGGGAGGAUCUUUCAUGUGUUGGACACCUACCGAAUCUCAAGAACCUUUACGUGAAGGGAAUGCUUGCAGUGAAACAAAUAAGUCAUGGAUCAAGUACAGAGAGCAAGUUCUUGCCUAAUCUGGAAAAGCUAGUGCUGGAGAACAUGGUGGCAUUGGAGGAACUCCCGAGUCUUGGACAACUGCUGUGUCUUAAGGUCCUUCGCAUCGAGCGAAUGUCUACAGUGACGAAGGUGGGCCACGGGUUCUUUGGUUGUAGAGAUCAAGGCAAGUCUUUUCCAUGCUUGGAGGAGCUCACGUUCAGGGACAUGCCACAAUGGGAAGAGUGGUCUUGGGCUGAGGGUGGACAGCUGUUUCCCUUCUUGCGAGAACUUGAUAUUAUAUGGUGCCCGAGGCUUAAGAGGAUGCCUCCCCUCCCUCCGUCACUUGAAUCACUAUCAUUAUGUCAAGUCGGAUUGAUAGAAGUUCAAAGAUUAUGGGAAGAAACCGAUGGAAGUAGCAACAGUAUGACCGUUUCAGAAUUGAAAUUAUAUAGUCUUGAAAAGGUCGAGCUGGAGGACAUCCCAGAAUGUGAGGGACUCCCUUGUCUUGGACAACUGCCGAGUCUCAAGGUUCUUCGCAUCGAUAGAAUGCCAGCAGUGAAGAAGGUGGGCAAUGAAUUCUUCGGUUCCACAGACCAAGGCAAGUGUUUUCCUAGCUUGGAGGAGCUCACGUUCAGGGGCAUGCCACAAUGGGAGGAGUGGUCUUGGGUUGGUGGCCGACAACUGUUUCCCUGCUUGCGAAAUUUUGAAAUUGUACAGUGCCCGAGGCUUAAGAGGAUGCCGCCCCUCCCUCCUUCACUUGAAUCACUGUCAUUAUGUCAAGUCGGGUUGAUAGAAGUUCAAAGAUUAUGGGAAGAAAUCGAUGAAAGUAGCAGCAGUAUGAUCGUUUCAGAAUUGAAAUUAUGUAGUCUUGAAAAGGUCGAGCUGGAGGACAUCCCAGAAUGUGAGGAACUCCCUUGUCUGGGACAACUGCCGAGUCUCAAGGUUCUUCGCAUCGAGAGAAUGCCAGCAGUGAAGAAGGUGGGCGAUGGAUUCUUUGGUUCUAGAGACCGAGGCAAGUGUUUUCCUUGCUUGGAGGAGCUCACGUUCAGGGACAUGCCACAAUGGGAGGAGUGGUCUUGGGUUGGUGGCCGACAACUGUUUCCUUGCUUGCGAAAAUUUGAAAUUGUACAGUGCCCGAGGCUUAAGAGGUUGCCUCCCGUCCCUCCUUCACUUGAAUCACUGUCAUUAUGUCAAGUCGGGACGACAGAAGUUCCAAGAUUAUGGGCAGAAAUCGAUGGAAGUAGCAGCAGUAUGACCGUUUCAGAAUUGAAAAUAUAUAGUCCUGAAGAGGUCGAGCUGGAGGACAUCCCAGACUGUGAGGGACUCCUUUGUCUUGGACAACUGCCGAGUCUCAAGGUUCUUCGCAUCGAGAGAAUGCCAGCAGUGAAGAAGGUGGGCGAUGGAUUCUUUGGUUCUAGAGACCAAGGCAAGUGUCUUCCUAGCUUGGAGGAGCUCACAUUCAGGGACAUGCCACAAUGGGAAGAGUGGUCUUGGGGUGAUGGCCGACAGCCGUUUCCCUGCUUGCGAAAACUUGAGAUUAAAAGAUGCCCGAGGCUUAAGAGGUUGCCUCCCCUCCCUCCUUCACUUGAAUCACUGUCAUUAUGGCAAGUCGGGUUGAUAGAAGUUCCAAGAUUAUGGGCAGAAAUCGAUGGAAGUAGCAGCAGUAUGAUCGUUUGAGAAUUGAAAUUAUAUAGUCUCGAAAAGGUCGAGUUGGAGGACAUCCCAGAAUGUGAGGGACUCCCUUGUCUUGGACAACUGCCGAGUCUCAAGGUUCUUCGCAUCGAGAGAAUGCCAGCAGCGAAGAAGGUGGGCGAUGGAUUCUUUGGUUCUAGAGACCAAGGCAAGUGUUUUCCUUGCUUGGAGGAGCUUACGUUCAGGGGCAUGCCAAAAUGGGAAGAGUGGUCUUGGACUGAUGGUCGACAGCUGUUUCCCUGCUUGCGAAAACUUCAAAUUGAAAGAUGCCCGAGGCUUAAGAGAUCGAAGGAGUAGCUCAUUUGUGGAUAUGAUUUGAAGAAAGAUAUAAGAGUCUUUUGUAUUGAACAAUAUUGUACAUUUAGAUUAUUUUUUAUAUGUGUUAUUCGAACUUGAAUGUUAUGAACUUUUAAGAAGUUGAUUUUGUUGUAUCUGUUGUGAGUGGAUUGUUUAUAGAUUGAAAUAUGUAAUAAAUAAUAUAUUUUUUAUCUUAUA